AUGAAAAUAAAAUCACCCAGCCAAAAACCAGUGGUCUCCCGCUGCGCAACCUCUCCGCGCAGCUCACUGCGCCGAGCCAAGAUGGCCGUUACCCUCCCGUACUGAACAAGUCCUUUGGCGUUGGUGGAGCAUAUUUUCCUGAAUAUCGAAGGUAAAAUCACAUAAAUCAUCAUCAAUACUGUGAUAAUCAUCAAGAGAGGACCUCCAACAACGAUUCAAUAACAGAAUCAGUCGUCAUUCAGAUGAAUUGGAAGUGGUAGAGAGGAAAAUACAGUCACCCAGCCAAAUCCCGAAACCACUCGUCUCUCUCGCUGCGCAACCUCUCCGCGCAGCUCACUGAGCCGAGCAAAGAUGGCCGUUACCCCCCCGUGCUGAACGAGUCCUUUGGCGUGGGUGGAGCAUAUUUUCCUGAAUAUCGAAGGUAAAAUCACAUAAAUCAUCAUCAAUACUGUGAUAAUCACCAAGAGAGGACCUCCAACAACGAUUCGAUAAUAGAAUCAGUCGUCAUUCAGAUGAAUUGGAAGUGGUAUAGAGGAAAAUAGUCACCCAGCCAAAACCACUCGUCUCUCUCGCUGCGCAAUCUCCCCGCGCAGCUCACUGCGCUGAGCCAAGAUGGCCGUUACCCUCCCGUACUGAACGAGUCCUUUGGCGUGGGUGGAGCAAUUUUCCUGAAUAUCGAAGAAUCGGUCGUCAUUCAGAUGAAUUGGAAGUGGUAGAGAGGAAAAUACAGUCACCCAGCCAAAACCACUCGCCUCUCUCGAUGCGCAACCACUCCGCGCAGCUCGCCGAGCUGGUCCAACAUGACGGUCAGUCUCCAGCAGUAAUCGUGGCCGUUCAUGUCCGUUGGGUGUAUUUUUGUGUAAGUGAACGUAUUCUGAUGAGCUUGAUUGAAAUCAUCCAUCCUGCUAAAUUACCGACAGCAGGAGGAUGUGAAUCUUCCCAACCUAUACUUUCUGUGAUUUCUACAUGACCGAUGCUUAUGCGGCAGUGCGGACUGACACUUGCCCGGUUAUGGUCAAUUUUUAAUGGAUUUAUCAAUUAAUUAAUAAUUGAUCGACGUGAGGAAAAAGAUCAAUGAUGAAUAGAGUGGAUUCUAUCAGUGAAUUUAAAUUCUUCUAACAAUAUUGACGUUCGUGGAUUUUCUUCAUCAUCUCACGUCGGUAACUAAAUAAACUAUUUGACAUUUUGUGCUACUUAAACAACUCUUUAACAAAGAAAAAUUAAUCAUUUAAAAAAUAUAUAAAAACCAGUGAUUAAAUCAGUGAAUGUGCGCGAAAUAUUUUCGGGAGUUUCGUUAUUGUCUAGUGUCAGUAAACACGGGACUCGGGCGUUCGUUGCGUAGUACAGUAGUGUCUAGUCUUGUGAAGUAGUGUUUUUUUUUAGUUUUCCAUUAUUGGAAAAGUGUGUGGAGUUGUGAAAAGUUCAGUGAGUUUAGUGAUUCCUCCAUGGAAUAAGUGUUUGUGGUGUGUGCCAAGUGCGUUUACCCAGGAAAAGAAGGGAUUACUAGCAGCCGACAGUAUGCCGAGCAACAGCCGUACCAGCUCUUUCAACGAUCGAGAGCCUCAGAGAAUACUUCACCAAGUAUGGGGAUGUCACGGAGAUUAUGGUUAUGAAGGAUCCGACAACGCGACGAUCAAGGGGUUUUGGUUUCAUAACGUUUGCAGAUCCAUCGAGUGUCGACAAAGUGCUGGCCCAGGGCAAUCACGAGCUAGACGGCAAAAAAAUCGACCCGAAAGUAGCAUUUCCUAGGAGAACACAUCCAAAGAUGGUGACAAGGACAAAGAAAAUAUUCGUCGGCGGGUUAUCCGCGCCGACGACGCUGGAGGACGUCAAAAAUUACUUCGAACAGUUCGGCCCGAUAGAGGACGCCAUGCUGAUGUUCGACAAGCAGACCAGCAGGCACAGAGGUUUUGGCUUUGUGACAUUUCAGAGUGAGGACAUUGUUGACAAAGUUUGUGAAAUUCACUUCCACGAGAUAAACAACAAAAUGGUUGAAUGCAAGAAAGCACAGCCAAAAGAAGUUAUGCUCCCGGCAAAUUUGGCGAAGACGCGAGCGGCUGGUCGAGGUGCAUACGAUUUUAUGUGGUCACUGGGAGCAUUACCUGACGGUUUCCCAGCGGCAGCGUACGCGGCAUACGCGGCAGGCCGCGGCUAUUCUGGGUACCCUAGUUUCGGACUACCCUAUCCGACAGGAGUGCCAGCUGUGUAUUACCAUGGUACUGGGGGCGAUAAUGGGGGCCGUACUUACUCGGAGACGACGAUCCAGCACGUUCAUCGGAGUGCACUGCGGAAGAAAUUGGAUCUCACCAAUGGACAACUCACACCCAACAACAACUCGCCCUUGCUCACGCAAGCUCUUUCUGUGAUGAACAACUACCAGGCAGCGCAAGCUGGAUUUCCACCAGCCUCACCGCACGGUGCCGCUGGCCAUGGUGGUCCACAGGGGCGUUCCUUUCCUUCAGCAAAUUCACCCGGCCCCAUUGACAUGUACAGUUCGAGUGCAGCAGCAGCAGCCGCAGCAGUGGAUUCUGCUGUUGCAAACUACGUCCAGACAGCAGCCAGUCCACAGCCACCAACUACCGCGUUUCCCGCCAUUGCCGUUUCCCGCGCACCGCUCAACUACAGUCCUAUGUUCCAGGGUCCCCUGAUACCGGCGGCGUUUACUAAUGGCUACCAUUGAGCCUUGUUAAGACCUAAUAACAUGAUGGACGAGAGGGCACAGCGCGGCAGGAUCGACUGAUGGCACAACGAGCAACACGAGGAUGACGCCUUUCAGCCUCUACCCUUUGACGUCAACCUCUGAACAAAAAAAAAAAAUAUUAAAAAAUAAAGCCAUUGAAAAAAGAAACCCCAAACAACAAUGGGUAAGAGAGUGGAAUUUUUCUAAAAAGAAAAAGUGGAUCGCUUCCGGUCGGGGUUACAUCCAGAGGGAGGGAAUGCAGCGAAGGAUGAUCGGAUGAUUCAUGGACCAGAACACCAGUUGGUGAUGAUGAGCAGCUGUUGAGGAUGAUGGUUGAAGGUCGAAAAAUACAAUGGAAAAUGCAAAAAAAAAAAUUAUAAAAAAUACAAAAUGUUCAGAGAACGUUUGCGAGCGAAGAGGGUGGAAGAUAACGGUAGAGAAGGACAAGAGAACAAGCACCACAGGCACCACACAUCACACGUCGCGUCUGUCAUAAAAUAUGAAAAAAAAGAUAAGAUAACAAGAUAUUGCAAAAAAAAAAUUAUUAAAAAAUAUAUAUAAUUCUAUAUAUAUUUGCGCGCACGCCCGUUCUCCGACAUUAAUGAAUAAUAAUAAAAAUAACAAAAAAAAUAUUGAUAACAAGAAAAAUUAAUAAUUAUUAAUUGCUAAAUAAUUAAGCGGUUAAGUCUAUAAUAUAUAUAUAUGAUAAAUAAUUGAUAAUUAAAUAGACAACGUAUGAAACACUAGGACUUAAGAAUGAAAAAAAAUGAAUAAUUAUUAUUAUUGACGAUGAGAGGGAGGAUGCAAAUACCAACACACAUACGAACAAAGGUAAACAAUUAAAGUUUUAACGAUUUCAUUGGUUUUCUUUUCUUAACUCAUUAAAUUUUACUUGUUUACAAUGAUUCUUUCACGGGAAUCUGAAUGACUCGAGAAAUUGAAUUGUAUUAUUGUAAUAUUUCAGUGAUUGAGAGUAUUAUAUUUCGGUACCCAUUUUUCGUCCCCGAUAAUUCUCACUUUUCCUUCCCGGAAGUGCAGAUAAAUGAUGGAAACAAUGUUUUUUUUAAUGUUAUUUGUAUUGUGAUGAUAAAUUAUAGCUAAAAUGGUACAGACAAAUACACACAAAAAAAAAUCAGGUGGUCUUCCUAUUCAUUGGAAUGAACAUUUUUUGGCAAUAUAUAUAACGAAAAAAAAAAACAAAGAUCUAUAAAUAUAUGAAUGAAUUUAUCGAUUACUUUCUCUUGGAACCUCACUACAACACGCGCGCGAUGAAAUAUAAAUACUGAAGAGUGAUGAGUUUGUUUGCAUUGAUCCAAUCACGAUACGUAAUUGAUUUGUUUCAAAUGUCAUUGUUUAUUUCUGAUAAGCCAGUGGUUAAUGUCACGGAGAAUAAUACGGAGACACAUUAUACAUGGUUUUAAUACCCAACACUAUUAUUUUCGAGAAAUAGACGAACAGCCAAUGUUUUUAAUUGCACAAAGCACUUACAAUGAGAAUGAAAUUAUUAAUCUGCUGGGGAAAACAACUCGAUGAGAGUAAAAACUUAAAUUCCUUAGGUUAGAAUUUAAGAUCUAAAAAUGAUGCAACCGUGUGAGCGAAAUGAAACGGUUGCUCAAUAUCUUGUUUUUUGUUGACGCGAUUAUUAACUAUUUAUUACGACUAUUAUUAUUAAAUUUUUCAAAUAAAAUUAUUAUAAUGUGAAUAUAUGUAUGAUGAAUUAUGAUAAAAAACGGUUAUAUUGUAUUCAACAACAGGGUAAAAAUAAUAAGAAAAAUGUGUAAUGCCUGGGGACGAAACUGUCGACGACGAGACAGCGGCCAUUUUGUCGCGAGAGAUAAAUGUGCGAGGGAUGGGGCAACUUCUGCCUGGUGUCAAUUCAAUUGUCAACAUUAGCCAGUGGAUGAAAAAAUGCUGGAUCAAAUACAUUGAAUAUUCUAUGAACAAAUUGAAGAGGGGAAUAAUUCUUACAUUCAAAAGAAAAUGGCCGCCAAGUCCCGAGGCCUCACCUAACUAAAAUGCGUGUAUAAAAGAAAAAUUAUACAUUGGACCAAAAAAAAAAGCACUUGGCAUCCAAGAAAAUUGAUUUACACAUUUAAAGUACACAAGAAAAACACUCACGUAAAAACAAAGUGUCUCCGGAUAAGAAUAAUGAACAAAAAAGAGAAAUGAAGUUUCUGCAAGAGUCUCAGCUUCCGUUAAUUACCAAUUAAUUUCCAUGAUUUUCAUCAAUGAACAAAGUGGCGUCGAAUUUUUAACUCUUUGUUUUCGCCUCGCGACGAGAAGGAAAAGAAGAAAAAAACAUCCGUAAGAUUAAAAAAAAUUACCAUAAAAUGAAUAAGAAAUAAAAUAUAUUUACAAAUUAAGGAAAAAAAUAAAUAUAUAAAUAUUAUAUAAAGAUGGCGCUCUUUUACCGUCAAAAAAAGGAAACCUCUAAAUAGCUUCGCAAUUAAUUCAAGAGCAAUUAAUUUUGUUAAUUAAACGAAUGAAGCAAGAGUAAGCGAAUAAAAAACUGAUGAGAAGUAGCAACAAUUUUAGCCAGACACAAUUAAAUGAAUGAAAAUAAAAAGGGGGGGGGGGGAAUCCGUGAUUGGAGGUGAAUGUAAUAAAGAAAAUUGAAGAGGUGAGGAUUAUAAUAAAGCAGCACUACAAGGAUAUAACACCAGCUCAAUGAAACAAAAUAAAAAAUAAAUAUUGAAAAUUCGUAGAUUACACGAAUUGACGCAAAAAUAACAUUUUAAAAAAUGUAACGGACUCUUUAGAAAUAAGAGAAAAAAAAACGUUGUAACAUUUUUCGGGCAAUCUGAGGCUUUCCAUAACCUCAAAAAAAAAAACAAAAUAUAUAUAGAGCAUUAUAACCAACAAUUAAUGAUCAAUUAUUAAUUGGGAGAUGAGAAGGAUGCAGUGGUAAAAUGGACGGGCAAUGAGUGUAAGCAAACAAAGAGGAAAAAUACGAGUACAGUCCAUAAGUUUAUAUAUAAUGAUAUAAAUAAAUAUUGAAUUAUUACAUCUAUGACUAUAUCCGGCAAAACAAAAUAAUUAAUAGUAUAUUUCCGGACGUGUGUCAUAGGGAUUUUUACUCGCGUCGCUUGUCGGUCCUCACCUUCGGCUCGGAAGAUAAUGUCGCGCGGCUAAAAAUCCGUAGGGCACUAGUCAUGAACAAUAUGUUCCCGUAGUGAUUUACACUUUUUUGAGUUCGAGAAAGGGCCAGUGCCAAUUCCCGGACGACCAAGAGUGAAGAUCAGUACGGAAAAAUCAAUUUUAAAGAAACAAAUACUUGAACGCGUGAGAGAUGAAUAUAAAAUGGCAAAAAUUUUAAAUAAUAAUUAAUUGAAAUUAAUUAACAUUAUAUAUGAAUUAAAGACUAAGUUGAUUUACCAAUUAAUAACCGAAAAUGGGGGCAGAAAUAUAAAUGAAAAUGAAAUUGUUUUAUGCAUUUGUAUAUAAUUAUUGAUGUUUUAAACAAAUGAAUGCUGAUAUUAUAAUAUUGUAUUGUAAUUUUUUCGAUCACCGAUCAUAUAAAAAAUGGCGGAAGGGGAUGACGCGAUGGAAUUUCGCUUGUGAUUAAAAUCGUAUAAAAAAUCAUGUAAUUUUUUGCGAUUUCUUUACAGUGGAAACAAAUCAGUGAAAAAAAUAUAAAAAUGAACGAAUUAUUGAAAAGAAAAAAGGAAAAAAAUCGUCACAACGCAAUUCAGUCUCGCCUUCUCUUCCUCAAUUCUAUAUAAAUAUAUAAAUACUAUACAUAUACGAUAGUAAAUAAAAAAAUUAAAAACGAGGAAAAUCCACAAUACUAUAAACUAAAUAUUUAAUUAUACAUAAUUACACGAGAAACCAACUCAAAGAGAAAAUUGCGAGGUGACGAGGGACUAUUUUAAACUGCUCGGAGAGAUGUUUCAAUUAUUCUUCGAUUUUUCAAGUAAUUAGAUAUUCUAAUGAAUGUUAUUCUUAAAUUUCUCAUAAUCUUUAAUUUAUCAUUGUCUCUCUGGCCAAAAUGGGUGCUGAUGUGUUAACAAAAGAACUGUUGGGAAUAUGAUAAGCAACAGAUGGAAAAAAAAAUACCUUAAGAUAUACGAAGGACUGAUUAUUGUUUUGAAGUCGCCAAAUAAUUUCAACAAGUCAAAUAAUCAAAUAGUCAACUUAAAAAAUCUAUUUGCAACAGUAUUUCUACCCGAUUCUCAUGAUGUAACCCAGCGCUGGUCACCAAAUAGAAACGAGAAUCAAAUUCAUCAAUUUCAGAAUCAACUCUUUAAAUUUAUGGUUCUCCUUUAGAAAAAACAUUUAUUCAUCGGACUAUUUAAUUUUCUGGAGCAACGGGAGAGAUGUCAUUCACGAAAUAUUGAGUUCAUAGUGAUAGCAGUUUUCACAGGCACUCAAAUCAACAAGAAGAACAACAAAAAUUGCAAAAAUUAAUAAUCAUCAGCACCUUUGCUUCGCCGUUCGCCAAAAAGCCCCAACCUAAAAUUAACGAAUUCACAAAUUUUCACAUUUAUUGUAAUUUAAUUGUAACGGCUUGACAUAAAAGCAGAUUAAACAGCAUCGAUUGGAAAAUAACAGAAAUGGAUACAUAAGAAAUAGUAAAGUCUAGAUAGUCAAUGAUUCUGACAUGGACGAAAAAUAUUGCGGCCAAUAUUCGCGGCAUAUGAACAAAUAUAUUUAUUAUAUAUUUAAGUUUACAAAGACGUUCUAAACAGUGUGAAUUACUUCGAGGAAAAUGAAAAAAACAAAUGUGUAACAAAAACACGAAAUGAGCAAAACAAAACGAUAUGAAAAAUAAGGAGAGUGAGAUUGUUGUGCGAAUACUGUUCAUCACGUUUUUGUGAGAUAAUUAAUUAACUGUGAGUGUGUGAAUUAAUUUUGUAUGUGUGAAAAAAGAAAAAUCGAAGGAACAGAAGAGAAUAAUUAAAAAUAACGUAAAAGUUGGGAAUAACCGAGUGGAUUGUAGGCUAGAUAGGCAAUUUUUGACCAUUAAUUAAAGGGAAAAAUUAACACGCCAUUUAUCGUCGAGAAUAUAAAAUUCUCCGAUUAAACAAAAUUAAGGAAAAAUAUUUUAAAAAAUGGCGAUACUAUGAAAGACCGAUCAGUAUACGAUCGCACGAUCCAGCGUAUUUUAUUUAAUUAAAAUUUAAUUAUUAUUUGUCUGAUUUUUCAUUAUUAUAUAAAAAAUACUUGUUUUAUCAUUUUCUUUUCUGUUGAAUUUAUUAUAAAAUAAAUCAUAAUAAUAUUAUUGUCAUUACAGAAAAAAAACACAAUCUCGUUAUUAUUUAAUUUUUCCUUUUAUCAUUUCACAAAUUAACACUGAGGAAUGGAAUGAAGAUAAACAAAUGCAAUAUUUGUAAAUAUAUAUUAUAUUCGGGCGCCCGUUGAAAUAAUUAUAUAACAUGAAUAUAAACAAUUGGUAAUUACACGUGGACCCCAUGAGAUAAAUAAAUGAAUAAAUAAACGAAUGACAUGAGUUA